AUGUACUGCAGCAGGUCCAUGGAGUUGAGCUUCUCCCUGCACGCACCAUUGCACCUUGAAGCGCUCGGAAGGGUCGAUGGUGCCGUCGGCGUUGCCCGCGAAGAGCAGGCAGUCAGCGCGGAGCGGGGAGAGGUACGCGAGCACGGCAGUGACCGGGGAGCCGGCGAAGGCUUCGCCGGGGGUACACCGAGCUCGAGCAGCGCGUCGCGGGCGACGGAGAAGACAAGCACGCAGCCGAACCCACGACAGAUAAACGGGCUAGUAGCAGUUUCGCAACAACCAAUUCAACGGCGGCGCCCCGACGAGGAGACGGCAGGGCUGCGGCCGCACCAGCAGGCAGCUCUCCACCUGGUGAUGCCGCUGCGGCGGCCGCAAGCCCCUUGCCACCCGCGCGCCGCGGCCACGCUCUCCUCGGCGGCCGCCCACCACCUGUUCGACGGAAUCCCUCUCCCAACCCGCGGCAGCACGCCUCUCUUCUCCCCCCGCGCGGGCCACCCCGUCCCGGCCCUCGUCUCGUCCCCCGCCGCGUUCUCGGCCGCCGUCGUCUCGUCUGACCGGGCCACCCUCCCGGCGCUCCAUGCGCUCGCCGUCGCCUCGGGCCUCGACGCCUUCUCCUUCGUGUCCAACUCCCUCGCCGCCCGCUACGCCAAGACCGGCGCCUUCCCCUCGGCCGCCAGAGUGUUCCACACCGCCCGGGCGAGGGACGUGAGCUCCUACAACACCAUGCUGUCCGCGUUCCCGGACCCGGCCGAGGCGCUGGCGUUCGCGGCCUGGAUGCUCCGGUCGGGGGACGUGCGGCCCGACGCCAUCACGCUCACCGUCGCGCUCUCGCUCGCCGCCGGCCGCGGGGAGGGCGGCCUUGGGAUAGUCCGGCAGCUCCACGCGCUGGCGUCGCGGGCCGGGCUCGCCGCCGACGUGUUCGUCGGAAACGCGCUCGUCACGGCCUACUCCCGGGGCGGGCUCCUCGGCGCGGCCAGGAGGGCGUUCGAGGAGAUGCCGGCGAGGGACCUGGUUUCCUGGAACGCGAUGAUCUGCGGGCUCGCGCAGGACGGCGGCUGCCAGGCGGAGGUGGUCCGGCUAUUCCUCCGGAUGCUCAAAGACGACGCCGUCCGGCCCGACCGGAUAUCCGUUUGCAGCGUGAUCCCGGCGUGUGGCGGCGAGGGGAAGCUCCAGCUUGGCCGGCAAGUCCACGGCUUGGGGGUGAAGCUGGGCGUCGACGGCCACGUCUCCAUCGGCAACGUGCUCGUCGCCAUGUACUACAAGUGCGGCGCUCCAGCCUGCGGCCGGAAGUACUUGCAGUCCAUGGGCGAGCGCGACGUCAUCUCGUGGACCACAAUCAUUUCAAUGGACGACGACGAGGACGCCAUCGCGCUGUUCAAUGGCAUGCGGCGAGACGGCGUGCCGCCGAACGAGGUCACCUUCGUGGCGCUCAUGUCGGCGCUGCCGGCAGGGUGCCCGGCGAGGGAGGGGCAGAUGAUUCACGGGGUGUGCCUCAAGACCGGCGUCUCCGACAAGGUCGCCGCGUCCAACAGCCUCAUCACCAUGUACGCGAAGCUGCGGCGCAUGGGCGAUGCACGGACGGUGUUCGAUCUCAUGCCUCGCCGGGAGACCAUCGCUUGGAACGCCCUGAUCUCAGGCUACGCGCAGAACGAGCAGUGCAGCGACGCUCUGGAGGCCUUCUCGUGGAUGGUCAAGUGCUUGAGACCCGACGAGACCACGUUCGCAAGCGUCAUCAGCGCAGUCACCGGCGUCGAGACGGUCUCCAUGGCCUACGGCGAGGUGUACCACUGCCAGGCCCUGAAGCUCGGGCUCUGCGCCAGCGAGUACGUCUCCGGCACCCUCAUCGACAUGUACGCGAAGCGCGGCAACCUGGAGGAGUCCCGGAAGGCGUUCGACGGGGCGGCGCACCGCAGCCUCAUCGCCUGGACGGCGAUGAUCUCCGCGAACGCGAAACACGGGAGGUACGAAGCUGUCAUGAGCCUCUUCGACGACAUGGUGCGCUCCGGCGUGGCCCCGGACGGCGUCAUGCUUCUCUCGGUCCUCACGGCCUGCCGCUACAAAGGGGAGGUCGGCACCGGCAAGGAGAUCUUUGACUCGAUGGCCGCCGAGCACCACGUCAAGCCCUGGCCGGAGCACUACGCGUGUGUCGUCGACAUGCUAGGCCGAGCGGGGAGGCUGGAGGAGGCCGAGGAGCUCAUGAUGCAGAUGCCGUCCGGACCGAGCAUCUCGGCUCUGCAGAGCUUGAUGGGAGCAUGCCGGAUCCAUGGCAACACCGACAUCGCCGAAAGAGUCGCCGACGUCCUGACCGAGACAGAGCCGUCAGAGUCCGGUGCCUACGUGCUGCUGUCCAACAUCUACGCCGAGAAGGGGGACUGGGGAGGCGUGGCCAGGGUAAGAAGGCGGAUGAGGGAAAGGGGCGUGAGGAAGGAGAUCGGGUUCAGCUGGGUGGACUUCGGCGCCGGCACCGGCAUGGGCGAGUCCAUGCAUCUACACAAGUUCUCAUCCGACGACACGACACAUCCACGGACAGAAGAGAUAUACAAGGUGGCCGAGGGGUUAGGCUGGGAGAUGAAAUUUUUGAAGAACUAUUUGCGCAUGGAAACAGAAAGGGCUUGAUGUUUCAAACUCAAUAACUUGGAAAUUGUUUGACCAUUAAAAUGGAAACUACACGGUGAGAAAAGGCA